UCGCCUGGCCAGGCUGCUGUCGGCGCUCUUCUACGGGACAUGCUCCUUCCUCAUCGUGCUGGUCAACAAGGCGCUGCUGACCACCUACGGUUUUCCCUCACCAAUUGUUCUUGGAAUUGGGCAGAUGGCCACCACCGUAAUGAUACUGUAUGUGUCCAAGAUAAAUAAAAUAAUCCACUUUCCUGAUUUUGACAAGAAAAUUCCUGGAAAGCUGUUUCCUCUGCCUCUUCUCUACGUUGGCAACCAUAUAAGUGGCUUAUCCAGCACAAGUAAAUUAAGCUUGCCAAUGUUCACCGUGCUCAGGAAAUUUACAAUCCCACUCACUUUACUCCUGGAAGCCAUCAUACUUCGGAAACACUAUUCCUUGAACAUCAUCUUCAGUGUUUUGGCCAUCGUGCUUGGGGCUUUCAUAGCAGCUGGCUCUGACCUUGCAUUCAACUUGGAAGGCUACAUUUUUGUGUUCUUGAACGACAUCUUCACAGCAGCAAAUGGAGUUUAUACCAAACAGAAAAUGGACCCGAAGGAGCUGGGGAAAUACGGAGUGCUUUUCUACAAUGCCUGUUUCAUGAUAAUUCCAACUGUCAUCAUUAGUGUCACUACUGGAGACUUUCAGAGGGCCACUGAAUUCAGCCACUGGAAGAACGUCUUGUUUAUUAUUCAGUUUCUUCUUUCCUGUCUUUUGGGGUUUCUGCUGAUGUACUCCACAGUUCUUUGCAGCUACUACAACUCAGCUCUGACCACCGCAGUGGUUGGAGCUAUCAAGAAUGUAUCUGUUGCCUACAUUGGGAUGUUGGUUGGUGGAGACUACAUUUUCUCCCUCUUAAACUUUAUAGGGUUAAAUAUUUGAGAAGGAAUUCUCAGUCCACAACCCUGUGAGGAAAAAACAACAACAACAACAACAACAACAACAACAACAACAAAACAGUGAUCUUAGUAGUUGGGUGCAAAUUAAGCUGACUGUAAUGAUAAAAACAUUAACAGUGCUUGUGGGAUUUUCACUUUUCCCCCUUUCUCUUCAGCAUGGCAGGUGGCUUAAGAUACUCCUUUUUAACAUUGAACAGCCAAUUAAAACCUAAACAACCCGUGGAUGAAGAAAGCAUGCCUCUGGAUCUGAAGAGCUAGACUGGAAGGCAGAGUUGCAGGCUUAGGCUGGACAAGGCAGACCCAGCAGGCGUGGGCAACCCAGAGAUCCCACACCUGGGACAAUCACCUGCUUGGCCAGAGCACAAACAGGAAUGUCUGCAAAAUACAAAGAAAGCUACCUCACACGUCACUGCACAAGGAGCCACAAGGCACCCAAGACACACAGCCCAGAACCUUCUGAAACUCAGUUUUUGAGUUUGCUCAAAGUUAGCCAUGGGGCCCUAUACUGUGUGCUCAGGGGGACUUUUCAAAGGUGACUUUGCUUAUCAGCACCUUGGCCUUAAUCUCAAAGGCCCCAGCCAAAGCAAGUACCAGGGAGAACUUUUUGUUGUUGAAACAUCUCUUUAUUUUCAUAAAAUUCAGUCAUAUCAAUUUAAACUAUGUUGGUUAUGUUGUUUUCCAGGCCAUCAAAAUGAAAUAAAAAGCCAUUUCUAUAUA